CAGAGACUGUGACUCGAGAUAGCCACGAUUGUACCGCAGCAUCCAGCUAGCCCUUGCGUAUCACCAUCGUGGCACAAAGAUUCGCACACCGCCCCCACCUGUCCCAGCAUCGUGCGGCAAUGCCAGCCACCCUCUCCUGUCGAACCGAGUCGCUCCUGCGAGCGAAAACCGUCUCAGCGAGCCAAGCCCGCAGCUGAACCAGGUCGUCCUUCAUCACCCUUCACCACCCUUCGCCCUUCACCACCCUUCGCCCCUUCACUGCCAAUCAAGCAUGUCCACUCCGCUCGUUGUCAUCUAUGCCUUUGGCUCGGCCGGCGAUGUUAUGCCGAUGCUCGCUCUUGGCCGUGCGCUGCACACCCAGUGCGGUUACCGUGUGCGAAUCGUUGCCCCCGCCAAGUGGGAGGAGAAGGUGUGCAAAGAAGGAUUGGAGUACUUCGACCUCAAGAACGACCCAGUCAAGCUCAACAGUGAAGGGUUCGGUGUCGAGGGGGCCGACCAGCUUCUCAAGCUCCGUGGGACCACUAAGGGAAUCAUGCCUCUCAUCCAGAUGUGCGUCCCUGUUCUCAAGUUCUUCUUCAAGACCGCCGACGAACAUCUCAAAGGAGUCGAUCUGGCUAUUUUGACAAACGUUGCUCUGCAGCUUCGAGAGGACUGCGAAAAGCGAGGUAUCCCGACUGUGGCUUGCUACCUCCAGCCUAGCCAGGCCACGAAGGACUACCCACCCCCUGUUCUUGGAUUGGAGUAUCAGCCAGACAACGACAAGGCGAGACGCAGCAAUCUCAUGACCUGGUUGUCCCUUGGGAUCCGCUCCCUCUGGAUCUUCAAUCCGAUCCUUCAAGAGAGACGACGAGCACUGGGACUCCGCCGCGGAUUCUUGCCUUCGUACAUCACUGCCAUCUAUGAUAUCAUUCAACUGAUGAUCAGGGAGGCUCGUGCGCGGGCUGCCAUGCCGUUUAUUUGCACUUUCAGCCCAGCACUGGUUCCCAUCGCCUCCGAUUUCAAGCCCACCAUGGAUUUCGUCCAGUCUGGUCCUCUCCAGCUGGAAGCAGAUCAGUACGCCGAACCAUUCUCCGCUCCCGUUGAGCUGGACGAGUUCCUUGCCUCCGGAAAGAUCGUCUAUUUUGGAUACGGCUCGCUCCAGAAGCUCGGCCCAACCUCCACCAAGGAGAUCGACCACAUGACCAUCUGGCUCACGGCCAUCCAAGAGCUGGAGUCGCAGGGUGUGAAGUUGAGAGCCGUCUUUGCAUUCUCAUGGGGCCCCGACGAUGUAUCCGCCGACCCGACCAACACAAAGUACCAUGCACUCCGAGAGCAACUGGAUACCAUGAUCCAACAGAAGAAGGUCUACCGCCUCGUCGGAUCGUUCCCGCACACCUACCUGUUCCCAAGGUGCCAUGUGGCAGUCCACCACGGCGGCGCCGGAACAACUCAGACGGCAGCAAAGUACCGGCUCCCGGCUAUCAUCGUGCCGCAUGUCGUUGACCAACCCUUCAUGGCCUCGGUCGCCAAGUACCGAGGCAUCGCCAAUGUGAUCGAUCUGGACGACUUUUCGACCUCAACGCUGGUCGGAGCGCUGAAGGACAUCCUGGUGGACCGGGCCGAGUAUUUCAAGAAGAACUGCGACCGCAUCGGCGACGAGAUGGCCAAGGAGAACCCCAUCGGCGAUGCUGUUGCACUGGUCCAGAGAACGCUCCAGAAGGCUCGCUCUGCCACGUCCGACGCAAGUUCUGAGAACACCGCCGUUUGACCAGGAUUACUGUUGGGACUAUGCUUUGGUUGUGUCGGUGGUCAGGGAGUCAACUGUACCGAGUCGGCAAAAUAGAAUAUAAUUGUGCCACGACA